AUGGACAGCCUAGAAGAGUUUGAGAAGGUUUUAGCCGCUGAAAGGGCCGAGAAGGAUCGCGUGGCGCAGGAGAAAGAAGAAGGGCGCGACCGCAAGCAUAGACACCAUCAUCAUCGCCGCGACAGAUCCAAGGAGCGCGACCGACAUAGCGAGAGACACCGGCACCGGGAUGCGGAACAGAGGGGAGACGAGCGCAAAGGGCACAACGGCGACAGAGAUCGGCGCAGCCAUUACCAAUCUCGAGACGACAACUCGGACGAGGAGAGGCACCGCCACAAGCGCUCUCGCCAUUCUCAUGCCGAAGAACGAGACGGCGAGUCGAGGCACCGGCACAGACACAGGGAGGGGUCAAGGGAGCGCUCGAGCGAGCAGCACGAUGGCACACGUGGGAGGCGCGGGACAAAGGAUAUCAAAGACCUGAAGCAGUCCGAUCCGAAGGAGGACCUCCCGCUCCCGGACGAGGAAAAAACGCCUGCGGGCGCGACUCCGCUGGCUCGGGACUCGUGGAUGACGGCGCCCUCGGCUCUGGAUGUUGACUAUGUUCACCGAGGUGUGAAGAGAAAGAGCCCGUCGCCAGUGAGGGACGAACCGCCCAGAGUGCUGCAUAAGCGGGAGCUGAACACAAGGCUGGGUCAGGCGGAGAGCACAUAUGAACCCCAGGGGUCUCCUGCGCGCGAAGUGACCUACAAGUUUGGAGAUGAGGGAUCGCAAUGGAGGAUGACCAAGCUCAAAGCGGUGUAUACCAUUGCGGAGCAGACGGGUCGUCCUGUUGACGAGGUUGCCGAGGAGAGAUAUGGUUCUCUGCGGGAGUUCGACGACGCGAGGGAGGAGAAGAUGGAACUGGACCGGCGAAGAGUGUAUGGUGAAGGAUACGUCGGCAAAGAAAAACCCACCGGCGAGCUCUACGCGGAGCGAAUGGCCAAGACCCGGCCCGAACCGGCUCGCUCCUCCCCGACUCCCCAGCCCCAGCAGGGCCUAGUCAGCGAAGACGUGGUGCAACCCGCUCCUCCGAUGGACCAAUCCACCCUCAACCGCAUGCGCGCCCAGCUCAUGAAGGCAAAGCUGCGCAACUCUCCCGACGCCGCGAAACUCGAGGCAGAGUACAACGCAGCCAUGGCAUCCUUCAGCAGCGGCGCGGUGUCCAACAAUGCCAUCGUCCUGGGCGCGGCGCACAACCGGAUGCUCGCCGGCCCGCGCGGCGAAGUCAAGCCCGUCACGACAAAGCGCGGCCUCGAGCGUGGCCAGGUCGAAGAGAACGAGGACAUGUCUAUCGAGGACAUGCUCCGCGAAGAGCGCCGCACGCGCGGCCAGGCAGGCGGCGAAGGGCUGCGCCUGGCGGAGCGCAUCGCCAAGGACGCGCGCUUCGACAACGACCUCGAGUACCUGGACGAGAACGCCGAGAAGCUCGCCAAGCGCGUCCACAAGUCCGACGCGUCGCUCAAGAACAUCGCCGUGGCCGAGUACAAGAAGCUCAACCGCAUCCUCGACACCUGCCCGCUGUGCUCGCACGAGGACCGCGCGCCGCCGCAGAACCAGCCCCUCGCGCCCGUCAUCUCGCUCGCGACACGCACGUACCUGACGCUGCCGCCGGCGCCGGAGCUCACGGGCGCCGAGGGCGGCGCGGUGGUGGUGCCCAUCAGCCACCGCACGAACCUGCUCGAGUGCGACGACGACGAGUGGGAGGAGCUGCGCAACUUCAUGAAGAGCCUGACGCGGCUGUACCACGAGCAGGGGCGCGAGGUGGUCUUCUACGAGAACGCGGCGGCGCCGCACCGGCGCCUGCACGCCGCGCUCGUCGCCGUGCCCAUCCCGUACGAGCUCGGCGACACCGCGCCGGCCUUCUUCCGCGAGGCCAUGCUCGCCGCCGACGAGGAGUGGGCGCAGCACCGCAAGGUGAUCGACACGGGCCGGAAGGCGCGCGAGGGGCUGGGGAAGCUGGCCUUCCGGCGGAGCUUGGCGAAGGAGAUGCCGUAUUUCCACGUGUGGUUUACGCUGGACGGCGGGCUGGGGCAUGUGGUGGAGGAUGCGCAGCGCUGGCCGAAAGGUGACCUCUUCGCGCGGGAGGUCAUCGGGGGCAUGCUGGAUACCGAGCCGGAUGUGAUCAAGCGGCAGGGACGGUGGACGAGGAAUGAUGACCGCGUGGAGGGUUUCAAGAAGCGGUGGCGCAAGUUCGACUGGACGAGGGUGCUGACCGAGGGCGGGUAG